AUUCGGAGCGGGAAUGCUAAAGUGGCCGUGUGGCUCCUGUGUUUGGCAGGAAAGAGGUAAUGCAUACAGUUUUAUACACAAUGGACAACCAAACAAGAAAGCAGCUCAGCUCUGAAGAAAGACAGAAGCUUAAAGAAAGACUGGCGUUGCUAAAAGAAGAGUACAAUUUGACAGUGAAGCGACUUAAGCAGGCCCAGAGCCUUAAAUAUGAAAGGAGUGAUACCAGUGAUAUAGCUGUUGAUAAGGUGGGAUCUUCCUCCUGCAUUAUUCUAAAAGACACACCAGACCUCACCCCACCUAACACCUGUAAAGAUUCUCUGUCUACUAGUUACAAGGACCAAACAAAUGGAGAAAUUGUCAUAUCACAAUGUUACUCUAAAACUCUAUGCCCUGGAGCCAAUGAUGAGAAGAAGCUGCUGCUCCCCACUGACAGUCCAACAACAGAGAUUGGCAUUCAGUAUUCUGCUGAUUCAAAGCUGAAACGAAUAUCAAGAGACCGUUUAAAAAAGAAAAAAAGCAGACAGAGGUGGAGUGAAGGGAACGCCAGUCAAGAUAUGAAGCAGCUGUUGUCAAUUCAGGACAAAACCUGCUCUCCUUGUAUAUUGAACAGCAGUAUUCAGUCAGAUUUUGACGAUAGUGGUCAUCAAAACCACACUGAUAAGAGCAGCCUUUCUGUUGUCAAGUCAUGCCAGCAGAGUGAUAUUUCUGAAGCAGGUGUCCAGUAUAACAGUUUUGCUAUUAGAAACAUCUCGUUAGAGGGAGAAUCUGUCUCUGAACAGAACAAAGCUGUUGCCAUUCUCAAAAAGAAAGAUCAACUAAAUCUCUUUAGUUUGCCAAUGAUCAGCCAGUCUUCAACAGAUUCUGAGGAGAAAAUCCUGAGCUCCUCCACAAUUAUUGAGGGUCUGAUUUUUCCUGUGGAAUAUUACGUAAGGACAACUCGAAGAAUGGCCUCAUGCCAAAGGAAAGUAAAUUUGGAGGCUGUAAUUGAAAACCAGUUGGGUAAGAGCCACAAGAAAUCAAGGAAGACCAGUUUAGUUUGUCAAAAAACAUCCACUAUUAGUGGUAGGUCUUCGCCUGAGGCUCAUCCUUUGUGUUCUGGAUGUCCUACAAGUAGGAGCCAGGACCAUGGACAAUAUAACAAUUUAAAUAUAGUAACCAAUGCUGUCUGUGCAAGCCAAAGUAGUGGUUUACAGAGUAAAAAUUCCAGAGAGGUAAAUGUUUCAUUUUUAGAGAAUGAUCCUAAUAUCCCAGAUUCUACCCAUGGUGAAGCUAGUCAUAGCAGUAUAUGUCCACUGCUUCCAAAGAACCCACAGUUGUUUUCAGAGUUUACUGUGAAAGAUUUUCACCUUCCAGAUGAAGACUUUGGUUGGCUCAAAUUGCAGAAAUUGAAAUCCUCCCCAGCAAGAAUUCCUGGGCAGUCAUCUCCCCGUUACUUUACAAGGAGUAUUGCUUCAAAAGUUUGUGUUAAUUUGAACCAGACAGAUGAUCAAAAUUGCACCACUGACUAUGGAUCAAACACUUCAAUUUUUGCUGGAACAUUGGGAUGUACAACAGCUGCUGGUUCCAAGUGUGGAAGAGAUGAAAACAUUGGUAAUGAGAUAUCAGUGUCAUCUCAAAGAAAUGAACAUAUUGAAAGUGAAGCUGUCAAAGAUAAUUGCACUGAGAUGGAAGCAGCAAAUAUAGUAGAUAAUUGUAGCAGACUAGAAUCCACAGUAUCUACAUGUAUUUUUGAAAAUAACUGCAAAAUGUUAAGAGCUGCAGAAGAAAAUAAGCAACUUUCUAGACAAACAUCAGAUGUUGAAGGUAGUGGGCCCAGUGAAAGAGUAACAAUGGGUGCAGCAAUGGCUAGAUAUAAUGAAAUGGGAAUAAAAGGAACAGGUGGUUGUGAGCAAAAAGAAGUAGAAAGUGCAGGUUCCCCGUGUUCCCAUCACAGUGAAAGAAACUUAGUAUCCAAAGAAAUGGAUAAGAAUAAGAAGAGGCUUAUUAGAAAGGGUACAGAAGAUACUGUAACUGCCUGCAGCGGAAAUGAACCAAGGACUACUGACAGAGAGGGCAACAGUGUAAAAGUAAGUACAAGUGCAGUGGUUACUGAUUAUAAUGAGGUAGAUAUCAUUAAAGGAGUAUGUAAUCGUAAUGAGAAGCAAACCAAGCCCACAACAGAAUGCGGUGAAAAAAAUGCACAUCCUGCAGAAAAUGCUGGUCCAGAGGGACGACAGUUGGUGGUUACAGUAGCAGAUGAUCAGGCUAAAAUUGAAAAGAUAAUUACAAUUGACACCGAUGAAAGAAAAGUAGGGGCUACAUUAGCAACUCAGUGCCAUGAGAGAGAAAUGGUGACAAUUAAAGGAUUUUGUCACAGCAGAAAAGAAACUGAAAUUUCAGCAGGAUUAGGAGACAACUGUAGAGAAAUUACAGAUUCAGCACUUUUAGGUGACCUGUGUGGAGUAUUAUCACAGGAAACUCAGACAGAUGACCAUGACAAAAAUGAAACUAAAGGUGUAGAAAAAGCUCUCCAAAAUGGUAUACAAACAGCUCAGGCUAGAGAAGUGCAGAACCUUACAGAUCUUAACAUAGAGGUUGCCGGUGAAAUUUAUCACAAUGGAACUGAACACACUGUAAUGGGAGAUUCCUUGGAUGAAGCUGUGGCAGUAAACUGCUCCUUCAUGUCAGCUUCAGAGUCCAACUUGCUUAUGCCGGAGCAAUUGAAAUCUGAAUACAGUAAUGACAGUACUGAGGAAAUGGAUGAGUCGGUGGUAGAAAACAUCUCUGAACCCAACAGUCAGGGGAGUUUGGCUCAAAAGAUUCUUGGAAAUAAGAUUCCUUCUGAUUUGCUGUGCUUGACCCCAGAACUUACAUUGCAAUCAGAUAAGCAGUUAAGUGGAACUGAGCCUAUUUUGCCAUCGCUAGGUUUCACGCCCACAACCUCCACAGAAUUUCACAGCCCAUCUCAUUCAGCCCCAGUAUCCACAGGAAAGGCAUCUUCUUGCCAGAAGCUGAGGCAAUUGGACAGUGUUGCUACAGAUUUAAAUGUGGUUUGUGAGUCACUGAACAAGUCAGAUGUUGAAGACUGCCAUGGAAACAACAACAGUGGAGGAGUUUUGAAAGGAGUAUACAGUUCUUGUUUGGAGCAAGAUAUAGCUCAUACUGAAAUGAGACAAAACAAAAAUUCCUUGAAGCUGCUGUCGAAAUUAAAGGCACCAUCUGGACCUCACUUGGUUGAUGUGUGUACUGUUCAGUGGUAUGAUAUAAAUGGAAUCUUGACGCCGCAUGUUGUGACUUCAGGAGAAUGGGCAGUGUCACUGUGGGGUCCUUGCAGCCAAAAACAAUGGAGCCUUAAGCAUACAUGGGCAUUCACACAGCUCCCCAUAAUUAAGCUGAUCACAAUCCCUGAUGCCCACAGCAUGUUUUGUGUUGCCUUUGGGAAGCUACAAAUCAGAGAAGUGAGAAUUCUUACAUCUUUAAAUGACUGUGAUCAUUUUGAGGUGCUGCCACUAUGUGAGGGUGACAUUAGUGCCAUAUUAGGGGUAUCCAACAAAAGAAUGGUGAGCUGCUCUGGAUCUGGAAGAAAACAGACAGUUGAGCUUAUGUGCCUUUCUGAAGAGGGAAGAAUUGAGGGACUUGUUUCUUUAGCCUCGUCUCCAGAAAAAAUUAUUGCCUUCUCUGAAGUUUUGGGUCAGAAGGAUGCAGUAAUUGGCUUUACUGGAACAAAUGCAGUCGUUAUUUGGAACUUGAAAACUGGCCAUCUUCUUCAGAGAAUAUUCCUGGGGGAGUCCUGUCCUGCCACUGUGUGUCUUCAUUCAUACUGCCAUUCUGGCAUUCUUUAUGUUUUACUGCUUUGCCGAAAUGCUGAAAGUCAGAGCAUGGGAAGAAAUGGCCCUUUCCAUCUUGUUGCCAUCAAUCCUAUGAACGGUAAAAGUUUUAUGGUUCAGGAACUGAAGUGUCCACCGGAGUUUGAAGGGAGGUUUAUGGAUGGAGAUGUGAAGGGGCUAUUUGUGGCAGCCACCUUUUGCACUGGUGCUCUUGUGGUGUGGGACCUUGCCUUUCCUUGUUGCAGAGAUGUGCUCCAUGCUGAAGGGUUGGAAAGCUGGCAGGUGGUCAGAUGGAGUGACAAUGAUUCAUGUCUGCUUGCUGGACAACUCCAUGGAGAUGUUUAUAUUUACAGUUGGAUGGGAAUGGACACUGAAGUGAAGUGAGAUUCUGCUUCUUACAAAAGUGGAUCUGCCUGCAACUGAUUGGCCAAGGUGAAAUAUUUUUAAACCAGGAUGUUCAUAACCAAUAAUCAUACUGAAUUUUGAUACUGUUAGUAUGGAAAUGUGGAAGUUAUGGUUGUUAGUCUGUGCACUUUAUUGAUACAGAAGUUUACUGUUGGCAUAAUGUCUGUUCUGUCAUAAAAAAAAAUCCAAUGGCAAGGGCAGCACUUUGAGUAUGUCUUGGGAAUUACUUGUCAGCCUAUUUUUUUUUAAAUCUACCAAGAAUGCAAAUAGCCAGUUCAUACAGUUGGAAUUUAAAAUAUUGUUUACUCAUGUAGCCUACAAAUGGCUACUAAAAACAGUCUGAUUACUGGACUGGAAUCCAAGUUUGAUGACCUUUCCUUUACUUAUUGUUACUGCUGUGUAGAUGUUCUGAAAUAUUCUUUUGCAAUUGUAUGGACAUAACAAAAGCGUGAAUGGAUGACAGAAAUAAAGUCUUACCGCUUGCGCCUUUUUCUUGUAAAACCAAUGCAGGAGUAAGAAGUUGUUUACUGAAACAAAAAUUAUUCAUCAGUACCUACUAAUGGAAAUGCACAGCCAUUCAGCUGCAUUUUAUGUGAUGUACGAGGACCCUGGAAGAACGUUCAGAGAUUACAAAAAAUAUAUACUCAGUAAAAAGUUUGCCUGUAAUUAGAUAAUAGACACAAGUCAGAAUAAAUAUAAUCAGUCAGUCUUGUUACAUGAAUGGUUGACUGUGAUUCAUUAUGGGUUUUGUUAUUCCUUAGUUUAAUGAAUUAUAAUAUUUGUGCAGAUGAAGUGGUGCUGUCAUAACAUUUUACCUAGUAAUCAUCCUUUCAUAAAAGUUAUAUUUAUUAUGAAGGCACAUGCCACACUACCAAUUUAUUAUUUUGGUUAGGUCCGGAAGAAGAAGUGUGAUGAUUUUAUAUAGCGGCUUUACGUGUAUGUUGGUAACUUGCCCUUCCUGCACAGUGCUCUUUUAAAGAUGUUUUAUAUGUUUUUUUGUCUGUCAUGUUUGUUCAGCUAGGAUGCAAACCUGAAAACGCUAAUUUCUUGUAACAAUUUGGUAUAAUCGAUGGACUUAAUUAAAUGAUGUCAAAAACACUAUUACCAAAAUAUUGAAAAAGAAAAUUACAACAUACUUGUAAUAUCCAACAAGGGAAACGUGUUAUGUGUGCAACUUUUGUAAACUUUUAGCAUUCAAACCCAAAACCAAUUUUAAGAAACUAGUUGUAAUCCUAACGCAGUCAAUUGGGACAAAGUUUAAUAAAAUUAAAAAAUAUGUGAAGUGUAAAAGCAUUUCAUAAAUGUAUUUAUUCAUUGCUGGGAAAAAUAAAAUUUUCCUUGUUAAAAUAUUUUUCAAUCGUUAGUCGACAGAAUCAACUAAUUAACUUUGCUUUUGCUUUGCUCAGUCAAACCAUAAUUGUCAUUCUUUUUGAACGACUCUUUUUUCAGUGAAUCAUGCAAAUCAGUUUGCGUUUUCAAUGGGAAUGCUAAAGCACCUUCAUAUCCUACUUAAUGUCAUCGGCAUCUUUCAUUUUGCUGAUACGGGUAGAUGUUUAAAGCAUGUGUGUCAAGAAAAGCCUCAGUCAUGAGUUUUGACUUGCUUCACUUAGGAUUCUUUUGAGUUUGAACUAUAUAAAUAUCGGCAAACAAAAACUCUGUCACCAAUUAUUUUCUCAUUCAUCAUACAAGUACAAUACAGUAAAACUAUUUUAAUGUUUUAAUUGUUUUGUACAUUACAUUAUUGGAAUUGUUUUAAACUGAAUAUAUAAACUAUUAAAACGUAUACCUUUGUACAUUAUUAUUCAGCUGAUAAGUCAAAUAAAACUGAACCAUGUAAAAUAUAAUUCUAAAAUCUAACAAUUAUUUGCUUUCAACUUUAGUGCACUUUUUUUUUUUUUACUGCUCAUUGACUGCACUGGGCGUGUAUCGUCAUCUGAUUCUUUUGAGCUCAAACUGGAUCAUUAGCUGAGAACACACUCGUGAUUUUUUUUUCCCCCAUUUGAUUUGUGA